AAAGCAGAAUCGCUGAAGUGUCGUGGCGCGGCGAGUACAUGGAAGGUGCGUGACUUCCAAUCGAAUAAUCGUUCUUGAGCACCGUGAAAAGUGUCAGUUAGGUGAACACGGGCAAGGAAGGAUUGGAAGCAAAAUAAAAAAAGGAGUCAUCGAAACCGAAACCCGAUAAAACAACGACACGCUGUUUCCCGUGUUCAUGAUUCUGGUGCCCUAACAUUCGAUCGAAACGAUUUGUCAUCACGCGAGGGCCCUGCAUACAUUGAGCUUCCGCCAACCGCCAGCUCGCCGAAAAAAAACGUUCGACGACAACCGCACGGAAGUAAACGACCACACAACAUUCCUGGAUUGCCCGCCGAACCGUGAUUCGCGAACAGGUUCGAACGCACCCUACCGACGGUAUCCAUCAUCAUGGCCAACAUGCACGACGACGAAAUGAAGCACUGCUACGAGAAUCUGAUCGUCGUGGACGUCGGUGCGAACCUGACCAACAAAAAGUACAUCCGCGACCUGGACUCGGUGAUACAGCGGGCUAAAGAUUCCGGUGUGCAGAAAAUCAUGGUCCCCGGAACGUCGGUGAAAUCGAGCAAGGAAGCACUCCGGCUGACCCGCAUCUACCCCGGAAUUAUCUACUCAACCGCCGGCAUACACCCGCACGAUUCGAAAUCGAUCAUCGAAGAACCGAGCAGUUGGCAUGACUUCCAGAUCAUGGCAAGCGCCCCGGAGUGCGUCGCCAUCGGGCCGUGCGGGCUCGACUACCAGCGUGACUUCUCCGAGCCCUGCACGCAGAAGGAGAUCUUCGAGCGACAGCUAAAGCUGGCGUGCGAACUGCAGAAGCCCAUACUGAUCCACGAGCGAUCGGCACAGGAGGAUGUUUUGGAGAUACUUACGAAAUUCCAACCAGCACAGCCGAUCAUCGUGCGCGGCUUCAUGGGUACCACCGACGAGGCGUUAAAGUAUUUGGAGCGUGAUUACUACAUCUCGCUGACCGGUUACUUGUGCAAGGACAAAUCCGACACGGGCGUACGGAAGCUGCUCGAGGACGGCCGGCUACCGAUGGAACGUCUGCUGGUCGAAACCGAUUCACCGUUCAUGUACCCGAACACGCGCGCCUCCAAACUGCCCCAGCACGUCAAGGGUGGCCUGACGGAGCGUUCGUUGCUCUACCUGCACCGCUACUGCACCUUCCAGCGCAAUGAACCGUGCAGUUUGCCGGCGGUCGUCGAAAUGAUAGCGGCCUUUAUGAACAAGAAACCGGAAGAUGUGGCGCUCGCGACCGCCUUCAACGCGCUGAAACUGUUCGGACUGUCACAGUGAACACACAGAGCGUCUUCUUGUGCAGCCAGCGAAAAACAAAACAACCCGAAACGAACGACAUCUUCCAAAGCACUUGGUUGAUGAUAUUUAUCCGAGCGUAGCUAGAUACGGAAAACAACUGUGUUGGAGUUGCAUUAGCUUUCCCAUUCAGCCCCAAUGUGGCGCGCAACGUCCUUUAUACGCCAGGGAGUGUAAACUUUCCCUCGCAGCGGCUGGCGGCGCUUUGCCACUCUGCUGCUGCGUGCUUAAUGUUUGAAUGGGAAACAGUUAUCAUGUUUUUCAUUUCUCGUCCCCCGAUGGCGACGAAGGGAACGCUCGCCAGCGGUGGAAGAACCAUGUUAUCAGUCCGUUAGGAUGUACUUUUGUUAAACAUAUUUUCGUUUUGCGAUAUUAGGAAACUUAUGGGUGAUAAAGAUAAAGUUAAACGUACAUUUCUCGAGUACGCGAUCGAUCCACGUGUUCGCGUACAGUUGGAAAUGGAUUGUUUCCCCCUUUUUCUCUUACCUUUUCCCGAAACGCUCGUACUACAUAGAUAUAUAUUCUCGCUACCACUUUCUCCUCUCAUGCACUGUUAGAUGUAACGCUAGUUAGUUUGUAUCGGCGGUUUGUAAUGUUAGAUGUUUAGCAACAAAAUGUUAUGAAUAUGAAAUCAAGCGAAAGACUGAACAUAGCAGAAUCGUCAUGGCAUAAAUCAUGAGCAAGAUAUAUAGCGAACAGGAACGACGGUGGAAAAUGAGGCACAAUAAUCUACCCAGGCUAUUCCCUUGGCACGCGAACGAAGGGCAUCUAAAGGGAACCAGCUCCACUAUAGUACGCGGAACGGAAGUUUGAAAGAAUUAGCUAGGUGGUCUUCCAAGGCGAUUGCCCCCUGUGAGCCAAAGUUACUAUUGGACGGAGAAAGAUUGGUGCCUGAUGUUAAAACCAUGUAUCAGUGUGGCGGCAUCUGUUCGUCAAUGCAUGUUCGGGUGGUUCCAAACGUAACAUAGAAUCGUAAUCAAAACCAGCAAUAAUCUAGCCGAUGAGUGCUAGAAGUGCCAUACUUUAUAUAUCUCAAAUAAGCUACGCUAAUGUAACAUUUGAUUGUAUAAAGUGUAACACUGUUUGUUCGUGUAUAAGUUAUUGAAAAUAGUAGCUCAAUAAAUGGAUCAUUUAUUUUUGUAAAAA